AUGGAUCUCCUUGACGAACUCGAAAACAUGGCCAUCGUGGCCCAAAACGACUUAGGAGACAACUUUGAUGAGCAGGUCACCCGAUUUCAGAACCUGUUUAACUACUCCCGCACAGAAGCUAGGUCUGUGCUUGAGAGGCACCGGGGGGCCAUCUCACACAAGACUGUCUCGGAUACACACUGGCAGAUGGUCCGAGACGAAAAGGAGGCCCAAGGAUACGACCGAGAGGCGUAUGAAUACGCUAUCGGGGCGGGCCUCUUCAACCGCCAGAACAGCCCUGCUGGACCUCAGACAGUAGGAGAUCCCAAGGCCACAUAUAUGGUCAAGCUUGAGGGACCUUUGGACAGUCCGCAGAAGGUCCAGACAUUGGGGAAGAUGCUGGAGCUUCCAGCUGUGAGAGAGGGAAGUGGAGCAACUGGAGAUGCCUGCUUCUGUCUCAUCAACGGCAAGAUCAAGGCCACCAUCGCCUGGGCCUUGAAGGGUGAGGCAUUUGUGCCCACCUUUAUUCGAAUCAAUACAGCAGACAAGAGCCUUUCGGGCUGCUGUUUUGCUCCAACUCUGGGCUUCUGUGACCCGACACUUCCACAGAACCGAGUGGAUGAUGCCAGUCACGUAUUCCUGCCAAAACAGAAUCAGUACCCAGUGUGGUACUUUGUCUAUGGCAAUCUGACAAGCCCAGAGUUCCUUGUCCAGAAGCUGUCUCUUCCCGAGACACCAGUGCUGAGACGGGCCACGACCACAGGAGGCAUCGUCAAGAUCUGGAAGGGGAAGUAUAAGGCUCUGAUUGAUGGGCCUGCCGAUGCCACUGUGGAGGGGUGGGCAUUGGAGGUUACGUCUGAGGAGAAUGAGGGGGUGCUCCGAUACCAUGAAUCGGACCAGUACGAGGUGGUGCGGUGCAAGAUCACCAUGACAGAUACCGGAGAGUGUGUUUAUGGCUUGGUGUUUAAAUUUGUGGGGGAUUUGGACUGAAUCAUCUGCUUUGUACCAACAGUCCAGUCUCUUGAAUAUGUCAACUCUGAUGUGAACCUUCCUCUUUUGCCUACCGGGUUUUGAGGUUUAAUGGGAACAUCUUGAGAUUAUAUGUGUAUACCUAUUUGUAUUUUCUAUUCAUGUACUCUAUCACUACCAUGUAUAUUGAGAAUGAAUGAAUCUGGCU